AUGCAAACGAGGAAUAAUCUCAAUGUUUACAAGGGGCCUGAUGCCCUCAAGGCGUACUUCAAUCCUGAUAUUGCACCACCACUGCCUCUGGUAGAACUUCCCGAGUCCCUAAAUCCAUACCAUAAAGAUGGAGUACGCAUCUAUGCCAAGAUGAUGACGAUGCAUCCCGCAAACAACGUCAAGGCCAUGCCAGCAUUGAAUCUUCUCGAGCAUGGCGUUGAUCCCGUAAAAACUAAGACAGUCGUGGAAUACAGCUCCGGGUCGACCGUCAUCUCCAUGGCGAUGAUCUCACGGGUUUUCCACGGCUUGGACGAUGUGCAUGCCUUUUUGAGCAACAAAACCACCGCCGCAAAACUGAGACUGAUGCAGUUCUUUGGUCUAAACAUUACUCUGUUUGGCGGCCCUUCUCAGCCAGAACCGAAAGAUGAACGUGGAGGUAUCCGCGCCGCGUACCGCUUGGCACAAAAUUCCGAGUCCGUGUGCAAUCCUGAUCAGUAUGACAACGAUCUUAAUUGGCAAUCCCACAUCCGAUGGACAGGCCCUCAGAUCCUGGAACAAUUGCCCGAAAUCAACUUGAUCUGCGCGGGAAUGGGCACUUCAGGGACCAUGUCAGGCCUUGGAAGCUUCUUUAAGGAACAGAAACCAUCUGUCUUCCGAUUAGGUGUGUGCACUGCUGCAGGUGACCGGGUACCAGGGCCUCGAUCUUUGGCUCUACUUGGCCCAGUCAACUUCCCUUGGAAGUCGUCCGUCGACCACAUCGAAGAAGUGGGAUCCCAUCAUUCGUUCUCUCUCUCGUUGCAGCUCUGCCGUAACGGUAUCGUCAGCGGUCCAUCGUCUGGCUUCAACCUCCAAGGCUUAUUUCAAUUCCUCGAUAAGAGAAAGAAUGAGGGAACCUUGACUGAGCUGGCAGGUGAGGAUGGUCAGAUUCAUUGUGCUUUCCUCUGUUGCGAUCUUCCGUACCAGUACAUCGACGAGUAUUUCGCCAAGUUGGGAUCCGAGCACUUCCCUGCCAUCAGCAACUCUGAACUAGCAGAUGUUGACUUGUACCGGUACGACUCGGCCUGGGAAAAGGAACCACUGACUGCUCUUGCCGAGUUUUAUCGUGUCAACAACGUGCUGGACAGGGAUAUUCUGCUAUUUAUGUCCAAAAGGCGCGCGAGCGAACGCCAAGGCUGGGAGCAAAUCUUAUCUCCUUGCUCAGACACAGUCAUCAUUGACCUGCGACAGGCCGAGGACUACGAGCGCUUCAGCCUACCUGGAUCUCUCAAUUUCCCGUUGGUCGAGGACAGCACUGCCAGUCCGUUUUCCGACCCCAAGGUAAUGGCGUGGCUUUGGAAAGAAUUCGAGGCAAGGCUCGAGUCCAACGACGAAGAUAUUUGCUCACAACUUCGGGACAAACACUCGCUAAUAAUGUGCUACGAUGGCGACUCUGCUCGCGUCGCCACGAGCGUCCUGCGAGCCAAGGGCUAUAACGCAGACAAUACACACGGUGGUAUUCGGGCCAUUCAACAGAUGACCCCGAAAGUAGAGGACUACAAGGACCAGGAGGGCCUUGAGCGCUACCAAGGGCAGUCAAUGAGUUCCGUCAGUCACUGA